GAAAGAAGUCAUACUGGACAGAAACCACAUGAAUGUAAUCAAUGUGGUAAAGCCUUUUCAUAUCACAGUCAUCUCCAAUCUCAUAAAAGAACACAUACUGGAGAGAAACCUUAUAAAUGUAAUCAGUGUGGUAAAACCUUUUCAGACCACAGUGGUCUCAAAUAUCAUAAAAGAACACAUACUGGAGAGAAACCUUAUGAAUGUAAUCAAUGUGGUAAAGCCUUCUCAUGUCACAGUGGUCUCCGAUAUCAUAAAAGAACCCAUACUGGAGAGAAACCUUAUGAAUGUAAUCAAUGUGGUAAAGCCUUUCCAUCUAACAGUGGUCUCCGAUAUCAUAAAAGAACACAUACUGGAGAGAAACCUUAUAAAUGUAAUCAAUGUGGUAAAACCUUUUCGGACCACAGUCAUCUCCAAUCUCAUAAAAGAACACAUACUGGAGAGAAACCUUAUGAAUGUAAUCAAUGUGGUAAAGGCUUUAGACAACAAAGUCAUCUCCAAAUACAUAAAAGAACACAUAUUGGAGAGAAACCUUAUGAAUGUAAUCAAUGUGGUAAAGGAUUUAUACAACAAAGUCAUCUCCAAAGACAUAAAAGAACACAUACUGGAGAGAAACCUUAUGAAUGUAAUCAAUGUUGUAAAGCCUUUUCACGUCACAGUACUCUCCAAAUCCAUAAGAGAAUACAUACUGGAGAGAAACCUUAUGAAUGUAAUCAAUGUGGUAAAGCGUUUGCAAGAUUCAGUCAUCUCGGAUAUCAUAAAAGAACACACACUGGAGAGAAACCUUAUAAAUGUAAUCAAUGUGGUAAAACCUUUUCAGACCACAGUGGUCUCAAAUAUCAUAAAAGAACACAUACUGGAGAGAAACCAUAUGAAUGUAAUCAAUGUGGUAAAGUCUUUUCAAGUCACAGUACUCUCCAAAUCCAUAAGAGAACACACACUGGAGAGAAACCCUAUGAAUGUACUCAAUGUGGUAAAGCCUUUUCCUUUCAAAGUAAUCUCCGAAGUCAUAAGAGAACACAUACUGGAGAGAAACCCUAUGAAUGUAAUCAAUGUGGUAAAGCCUUUGCAAGUUCAAGUCACCUCCAAUAUCAUAAAAGAACACAUACUGGAGAGAAACCUUAUGAAUGUAUUCAAUGUGGUAAAGCCUUUUCAUGUUACAGUGGUCUCCAAAAACAUAAUAGAACACAUACUGGAGAGAAACCUUAUGAAUGUAGUCAAUGUGAUAAAGCCUUUGCAUGUCACUGUACUCUCCAAACACUUGAAGGAACACACACUUUAGAGAAACCUUACAGAACAUGGUACAGCCUGUGCCUAUCUCUGUAG